UCUCCUGAUGGCAAAUGAUAAACAAGAGAAAAUGAUAAUCUCUUGGAUCGCUUCCUUUUCUGUUUUAAAGCACCUUAAAUGGAGAUGAAAUGAUCGCCCAGUUAUUUGAUUUUACAUUUGUGUCUUUCCUUCAAUCGCGACAAUCAAGUUAAUUUCAAGUAAUCAACUAAAAGAAUUAACUAAAUCAUGUCAAUAUUCAAUCAACUACAUUGGCUUCUUCCGGUUUCAUCAUUUUCCUGGUUAAUUUAUGUUUUAACUCACAAAUUUGCCAAAUUGCGAUACAAGGAAAGUUUCAAAGGAAAAGUGAUCAUCAUCACUGGAGCUUCUUCAGGCCUUGGGGAAGCCUUAGCUAGAGUUUUCCACAGGUUUGGAGCUAAAUUGAUCAUUGCAGCUCGAAACGUUGAGAAAUUGACUGCGCUCAGAGAUGAACUGGUCGAAUUAUAUCCCGAGGGAUUCCGUCCAAUUCCGUUGAAAUUGGAUCUGACAAAGAUUCAAGAUAUUCGUCAAAUUGCCCAAUCAGCAAUUAGUAUACACGGAAAAGUCGACAUUCUAAUCAAUAAUGCUGGUAUAAGUUACAGAGGAACAAUAAUGUCCACCGAUUCUACUGUUUAUCAGAGCUUGAUGACUGUUAAUUACUUUGGACAAAUUGAAGUGAUCAAAGCAAUAACAGAGCAUUUUGUGAGUGUCGGUAAAGGGACAAUCGUCGGAGUCGGGAGUGUGCAAUCUCAGAUCAGUAUUCCCUACAGAUCGGCCUAUUCUGCUUCCAAACAUGCCUUCCAAGCCUUUAUCGAUUGCCUUCGAGCUGAAUUAUCUUCCGUCAGACCAGAGAUCAAUGUAAUUACCGUUAAUCCGGGCUACAUAAAGACCAACCUUUCAGUUAAUGCACUUUCGUCCGAUGGAUCUCUUUAUAAUAAAAUGGACGAAACAACCGCCUCGGGCAUGGAUCCGAAUGUCGUUGCCGAUGAAAUCGCACUGGCAAUUUAUCAACAAAGAAAAGAGUUAAUUAUGUCACCGUUAAGCCACAAAUUAGCCAUAAUAUUACGCUACAUGUUUCCGAGUUUAUUUUUCAUACUGAUGUCAAAAAGAGCAAAGAAACAAUAACAUUCAAAGAUAUUUAUUAACACGAAUUAUUAAUAUAUUAAUUAUUAGUAUUGGUCUGCUUUUUAAGUUGCAAUAUUUUAAAAAGUCAGCAAAUUCAAUAACUUCAAAUAAAACCAUGAAUAAGCAAUGAUAUAAAUUUAAAGACAA